AUGGAAGCUAAUGAGACUGCCUACCCCAUUGCGUCCUUCACCAGUGAGCAGCUCGAGCAGCUCACCCAGAUGCGGCGUCCCUGCUCACAUAGAAGCCAUCGCUCCCAAAUCUUCCGACGGGCCUGCGAGAUUAUGAACCUCGUGGAAGCCUUCAUGCACAGUGGGUAUCCUUAUGCUUGCUGCCAAGCAUACCUCGGCCACUUGGAAGCAGAAAUGGAAUGGCUUUUGAGCGAGACGUUACAAAUCCGCGCCGAAGAGCAAGUGGAACGCGGUAUGAUACGAGCUCUCUAG